UGUGUGCAGCUGGUGCACGGACUGGGGGUCGUUUUUGUCUUUGGACAAGCCAUUGCUUGUUUGACCGAGAUUCAGGCACAAGCACAACUUAGCCUAAAAAUCAUCUCUGAUUAUAUUUUCAGUACGUUAUGCCCUAAGAGAUGCAGAGUAAAGUGCAUGCUAUCCACGAUUAGUGGCUGAUUCUCAGAGGGGAAAGCGAAGCGGCCGUGUCCUGCCCGAUAUUGCAGGCUAGUACCACGGACAGCGCCUAAUGAGGUUCGUUCAUUUUUCCACAGCUUUGAGCCCCGGCAGGCGGAACCUGCAAAGCCUUUAACCAGCACCUGACGGCAUCCGCUCCUCUGCAUUCUGCGUCACGAAGAUGGAGGGACAGGAAAAGCAGGUAACAGGUUACCUCCUGUUCUCUCUGGCCACCGCUGUCAUCGGCUCUCUGCAGUUUGGUUACAACACGGGAGUCAUCAAUGCCCCAGAGCAGAAACUUCGAUCUUUCUUCAACAACACCUGGGUGGAGCGUUAUGGCGAGCCCAUCAGCCCGGGGGUCUGCACCAUCGUCUGGAGCGUCGCUGUCGCCAUCUUUAGCGUGGGCGGCAUGGUGGGCUCCUUCAGUGUGGGCGUCAUGGCCAACCGAUUUGGCAGGCGUCGCUCCAUGUUCCUGGUGAACAUUCUGGCAGUGAUCGGCGGCCUCCUCAUGGGCUUCUCCACCAUCUGCUACUCCUAUGAGAUGGUGAUUGCUGGCCGUCUGGUCAUUGGCCUGUUCUGCGGGUUCUUUACCGGCCUGACUCCCAUGUACGUGGGGGAGGUGUCACCCACUCCCCUCCGAGGAGCCUUUGGCACCCUGCACCAGCUUGGUGUGGUGGUGGGCAUCCUGAUCGCUCAGGUCUUUGGGCUGGAUUCUCUGCUGGGCUCAGACAAGAUGUGGCCCCUGCUGCUGGCCCUCACUGUGGCCCCUGCUGCGCUGCAAUGCAUUCUGCUGCCUUUCUGUCCUGAGAGCCCCCGCUUCCUGCUUAUUAACCUCAAGCAGGAGGAGGAGGCACGCAAAGUGCUGGUGCGUCUGCGUGGGAGUGAGGAUGUGAGUAAAGACCUGCAGGAGAUGAAUGAGGAGGGCGCUAAGAUGGCCAAGGAGAAGAAGGUGACCAUCCCUGAGCUCUUCCGUUCGCCGCAGUACCGACAGCCUCUCCUCAUCGCCGUCAUGCUGCAGCUCUCCCAGCAGCUGUCAGGGAUCAACGCCGUGUUCUACUACUCCACAGGGAUCUUUCAGUCAGCCGGUGUAAAGCAGCCCAUCUACGCCACCAUCGGAGCCGGCAUCGUCAACACCAUCUUCACUGUUGUUUCGCUCUUCCUGGUGGAGAAGGCAGGGCGAAGGACUCUGCACCUCCUGGGACUAGGGGGAAUGGCGGUCAGUGCUCUGAUCAUGACCAUCUCCCUCCUGCUGAAAGACAUUACCGCUAUGAGCUACGUGGCCAUCAUGGCUAUCAUGCUGUUUGUGGCCAUGUUCGAGCUGGGCCCCGGUCCAAUCCCAUGGUUCAUUGUGGCUGAGCUGUUCUCCCAGGGGCCCCGUCCAGCAGCCAUGGCUGUGGCCGGCUGCUGCAACUGGACGUCCAACUUCCUGGUUGGAAUUAGCUUCCCCAAACUAGAGGAGUUGUGUGGGCCAUGGGUCUUCCUCAUCUUCACUGCCUUUCUCAUCAUGUUUUUCAUCUUCACCUUCAUUAAAGUCCCAGAGACGAAGGGCAAGACAUUUGAUGAGAUCGCCCGCUGCUUCGGCAGCGCCCCGCCUGCUGCCUCCUCAUCUGCUGAUGACGGUCCUGCCAGCGCCAGCACCGCCGUGAUGCUUCCUGCCUCACCAGAAAAGGAGAAGGUCCCUCUGGUGGAGGCGGCGGCAGCAUCAGCUCCAUCGUCUUCUGCAGCUGAAACCACACCUCUGGAAGACAAAUCAAAUUCAACGGUGCAGGAGGGUGUGUAGAGUAGCGGUGGCUGCAGUCUGACUGGGUGACGGAGGUUAUAAAUGAAGGAAGAAUCACAGAGGUUUCAGCAGUACAGUACAUUCUUAACAACUUGGAACAGUAGCAACUAUUUGAUCUUAUAAUCCCCAUAUACAGAACAACAGCCUUUUCCAGUUUUAGGCUUUGGCCUUUAAAGGGCCGUGCUUUUUGACAGUAAUCCCUUGGAAUUCUUCUGUUUCUGUGACAUUUCCUACAUUUCCUUCUUUUAAAUCCUCUGUCAGCAGUGACAGUGAAGCAUUCGCUGUACAACACUACAGAUUAAACCUACUGUACAUUCCUAGAAGCUCAGCUAAACUCAUUAAACAGUGAGUCAGGACAACACAGUUACACCAGCUGUGUAAAUGGUGUGUGUCAGGUAAAGGCCCAAGGUGAAAUGUCCAUCAUUAAAGGCCGGAGGCAAAGUGUAUUGACAAGGACGCAGCCUUUGUGCAGGUGUUUUCAGAUGUAGGGUUCAAGCAGUGGGAGCGAGAUGACUUGGGCAGCAAUGAUGCACAUACUAUUACAUUUAUAUAGUCCUGUUUUUAAAGGUUAGGCAGGCAUUGAAGUAGAUAUUGUUGUGCAAUAUAACUUUGUAGCUGUAGGUUGUUUUUUUUCGUAGCUGUUAUGUUUCAGACAUGUUCUCAAAUCACAGGUCAAAGAAGUGAUUUUUUUUAAAAUUCAUGCUCUACCUUCAGUUGUUGAUUACGAACUGCCAAAGUACUGAACUUUAAUAAGCACCUGGUGGAGACUUGUGUUUGCUGUGGUUGGUAAAUUCAGGAUAAUACGUUAUCAACGUCUUACUGCCUAACGCUGCAGGCCGUGCUACGUUCAGUCAUUCUGAAGGCCACGCUGAUGGUUAUAGUUGUAAUCCACCAGUUUAGCUGGAGUUCGGCGCUGCCCUUGGUGAUAACCUCUCAUUGUUGUGAUGUUCUUCUUGUUCUUGGGUUUGUGAUUGAUGAAGUUGGUGCUAUUUAUUCCAAACUAAGCUAAAUACCUGUUCAGCAGAGAGUUUUGUUUAAUACCUUUCAUGAAUUAGUCCAGCUUCUCUUGUGAUUCAUUCAACAGUGAGUAUAUGGAAGCAAAUAGAUGUUAUUUUAUUAUAAAAUAUGGAUUACUGCUUUACUAGCAGGUUGUUGUUUUUUUUGGAAAAAUAUUUCAAGAUGCAACAGUGGCAAAGGACCAGUGGACCUGUGUCUGAGUGAAAUGUUUAACACAUGUAGUUUAGAGUAGGGUAACAUGCAAGCAUAUGUUUGUGUUGAAGUGGCCACUUAGAGUAUUUAUUACCUUAGAAAUAGAUUUUUGUAUAAAGUAUAUUGUUAUAAUGCACCAAAGCAAAUUUAGAAUGAUGAUGUGUUCCAGACUAGCCCCAGGGUAAGAAAGGUUUAUGUUGUUAGCGUUGCCUGCAUCACAGAGAUACUAUAUAUGAAGAGACAGAGAGAAAAUGAAACAGUGUAAAUGUUUAUGUUUAGAUGCACUUUGUUAACCUGAUAAGCAGCAAAGCCAUCAUAGAGCCACAGUCACUAAUGUAGGAGUCAUUGAGCACAGCAGCGCUUUACGUCAAAUAAUAGUUAAUAAUUCAGAGCUGUAUUUAUUGGAGUGUAUAUCAGAAUAAGAGUUGUAUAGCAUGUGCAAUCUAUGUAGAAUCUUUAGCCUGAGCAGUGUAGGAGCUGAUAAUAAGUAAAGGCGACUAAAGGGGAAGUGCAUAUACUGUAUAAACCAUGGGUAAAUGAUGUUUCAUCAUCAUCAUCAAACUUUAUUUAUUCAGCGGGAAAAAACAGUAGAAGACCCGUAUAGAGAGUCCUUGGAUAUCUACUAUAUGUCCUCUUUUCUACUGACCUUUAUGUAAAAGAGAAAGCAAAUAUAUGUGUACUGAGAGUUUUAUAUAUGAAAUCAAACCAAGAGUAUAAGUCCUGCUAUUUUUAACUUUUGUUUUGACAUUAAUUUAUGGUAGCUUUAAAAGUCAGGAAGUUGAUGUGGUUGUUCAGAUAAAAAUCAUAUGAUACUUUUAAAUGGCUUUUGUAGUUAACACGUUUACAUUUUAGUUCUCCAAAGAACAUCUGGAUGCAGGACCACUCUGGUAGAGCUACACUGCACCAUGCAGUGGAACUUAACUAAUGUUAGCUUAACAUAAAAGACCAAACCUAAGAGAUGAUAAGAUAUAAUUACUGUACACGUGGCAACAAAUGAAUGAUAAGCAAACUAUACCUGUCCAGAGAAGCUAGCUACAAAAUCUAUUUAUGUGAUGGCUGUUUAUGAAUUAGAGAUUUAUUUUUAUUAAUUAUUUGACAAAACAUCUAUCUAUUUACUUAGCUUUGUCUGAUGGCUAAGUGUGAAAUAUUGUGCUUUCAGAAACUGUGGUGUUUUUUCCAGCGCUCACUACAGAAACACAGGUUACAGACUAAGUAACCAUGAUUUCUUAUUCUACCCAGUGAAUUAAAGCUGCAUUAACUAACUUCUCCCUUUAAUUUUUUUACCAUUAAGGGCAAAGUGAGAGUCAAAACAAACUCAAGCAGAGUCCCCUCCCCUUCUCCCUCCGUUACUCUUCCCCCCUCCUUCCCCAUCUCUGAAACUACAUCAUAUGUGUCUGUACACAUUCUCAGUCAUCCAGGUCAUAGUAAGCUGAAAAAACUUAGAAAUAUU